AACCAGACACAGGCCACAGUCUGAGGGCUGAGAACGACGCUACAGCGCACUUCAAGGCAGAGGUAGAUAAUCUGAAGUCAUCGGAGUACAAGAUUACCAACCAACCAGACUACUUCAAACCACCGCACAAGAGUGGUCAUCCGCUGCCGCCGCACGAGUACAAGACACGCAACGCCUGCCACGGCUACCAGGACAUGGUAUUGGGCGACACCGCCGCCAACGCGCUCAUGUCACUGAAACGCUCCGAAAACGAUCCCAAUCUCAUUGUGAUGAAAUGGAACCCCACGCGAGACGAGCGUGCGCUGCUGCAGGGCAAGGAGGUGGACAACAACCCGCUCGACGGCAUGACGCUGAUGUCAGACUCUCUUAUUGACCUGAGCAUGCCCAUGGCCGAUGACAGCGCCGACGGCCUGUCGGACAUGAGCAGCUCAUAUGUGUGGAAUGGACCUGAGUGCGCCACCAUGUCGCUGCAGGCGAUGAUCGCCAGUAGUGCAGACACUUGGAAGCGUGCACUGGACUAUCUUAUCGCCCAGUGGGAGUUGUUCUGUGCCAUGUGCCUGGGUCGGCAAUACGUUGCCAUUCAGGAGCUGCAAAAGCAAUACCCUGCCGAUAUGGUUCUGCACAUGGUGUGCAAUCCCGAUUUGUCGUACAGAUUGAGGGCUGUUUGUGCCAAAUUCCUGCUGCACCUGCACGUGGACUGUGACCCACAGACCAACAUACCACCCAUCCAACGGGUGCGCAUAUGGACCGAUAUCAAAGUGGGCGGGGCAGAGGAGAACGACGACAUCCCAUUACGCAAGACAGAAGUACACACCUGCGAUAACACCGAGUCAAAGGAGAAGGACAGGCAGUUGGAGGAUAAGCUCAUGGGCAUCAAAGCCUACGUCGACCAAGUACUGGAGAUGGAUGACUCAUCGGCCAAUGCCAAGAACGUGAACCGACACGCCUUCACAGAAUCAGUAAAGACCAAAAAUACAGACGCGGCUGCCCUGGGCUUAGCCAAUUUGGACUUGUUAGAGGCCCUAAUUAGAUUUGGAUUUUACUCGCACAACGAACUGCUGCGUGUGGUGGUAAGUCCAAUUGGUGCUUAUCUGCAUGGGUUUUAA